UCCUGACAGGUGAGAUUCGUCUUCUCUCCAAGUCAGUUUGUGAAACUAUCAGCAAGUUUUGAGAGACGUUUACACCAGUGCCUCUGUGGUCGCCUGACACGGUCGAGAGGAGCCCACUACGCAAAACCAAGGUUGACAGGUAAAAGCGGCACCAGAAAGCAGCCGAGCCCAAGAUGAGCAGCGUCAACAGACAAGGCUCGGCGCGGGCCUUGAUUCGAGACAACAACGGACAUUCCGACAACGCCCGAAAUGACCCGACCUCCGCUGAUGACGAAGGACGUUUCCGGGACAACGCUUACCGCCAGGAGCUUCAGCCAGGUUAUUUCAAAAACGGCAAGGACGGUAUCACGAAGACGAACGCAGACUCUCAUGAAAGUGGUCUUCACGAAUAUACGAAACACCCCGAUACCAAAGACUAUUCCAAGAAGGGUUGUUGCGCCAGAUGCUGCGGAAAUCUGUCCAGACGGCUAAACAUUUGCUGCAAACCUUGCAUGUGGGAGCAUCACCCGCUGCCGCCAGAGCCGUCUUUAUGCCAGAGGUUCAAAUACACGUUCAUGUGCCCCCCGCAUGGCGUCGUCGCCCAGGCCAUCGUCUUUUUCAUCACCAUACUAAUUAUAUGGUCAAUAUUGUGGUCCAUCAGCAAAGAGGAAGCUCUUCCCGGCGGCAAGUACUUCGGCAUCGUACUCCUGUUUCCGUGCUGCGUGUUGGCUGGAAUGGCUAUGGAAAAGAUCAGGUUGCCGCCACUGUUGGGUAUGCUUCUCAUGGGCGGUCUUUUAGCUAACAUACCUAAAGUGAAGGACGCGUUUGCCAUAGACACUACGUGGUCAGCCGGUCUCAGGAACAUCGCCCUGGUUGUGAUUUUGAUUCGGGCCGGACUGGGUCUCGACCCUAAAGCCCUCCGGAAGCUCUCCUUCGUCGUGUUAAGACUGGCUUUUCUGCCUUGCCUCUUUGAGGCCUUGACCGUCGCCAUCGCAGCACAUUUACUCUUGGGAUUCCCCUGGGUAUGGGGAUUCAUUUUAGGGUUCGUGCACUCGGCCGUCUCUCCUGCCGUUGUUGUACCCAGCAUGUUGAGACUACAGGACCAAGGUCUGGGCACCAACAAAGGGAUACCCACCAUGAUCAUAGCCGCCGGAUCACUCGAUGACGUCAUUGCCAUCAGCGGAUUUGGAAUAGCACUGGGGAUGGCAUUUUCCGAAGGGGAUCUUGCCUUCAAUAUCAUCCGGGGACCGCUGGAGGCUAUUGGAGGAACGCUGUUCGGAAUUAUCGCCGGGGUCUUGUGCUGGUACAUUCCACCAAUCAAACACCAACACCUGGUGUUUUAUAGAUACGUCCUACUUUUUGGCGGUGGACUGUUUGCUGUUUUCGGAAGUAAAGCGGCUGAUUUUCCAGGUGCAGGCGCACUCGGAUGUUUAACAAUGGCGUUCGUUGCGGCGUAUGGAUGGAGAAAUCGAGGAUGGACCGGAACAAGUCCAAUGGCCGUGGUUAUGGGCCGAAUGUGGGAAGUCUUUCAGCCACUCUUGUUCGGGCUUAUUGGGGCGGCUAUAAAAGUGGACAAGAUCGAGGCUAAUGAUAUAGGUUUUGGUACCCUCGUUCUCUUCAUUGGGCUGGUGAUCCGUAUCCUGGUGUCGUUUCUGGUCAUGUUCCGAACAGAUAUGAACUGGAAGGAGCGGUUCUUUGUGCCAUUCGCGUGGCUGCCCAAAGCUACUGUUCAGGCUGCUAUAGGCUCAGUGGCCCUGGAUAUGGCUCUGGAGAAGGAAGCUAGUGAGGAAGUCGUGGAAUACGGUCGACUGGUGUUAACGAUGGCCGUGUUAAUCAUCUUGAUCACUGCUCCUAUUGGGGCCAUCGCCAUAGCGGUUAGCGGACCGAAGCUGCUACACCGGACAGAGAUUGAGGCUGAAGUAUCAGCGGAACCGGAAGAAAGGGGAGCACAGGAAAUGACGAAAUUGAACCGGGAAAACGGCUACGCGGAAGAGGAAGAUGUUUGAAGUACAGUGGAUGUUAUAGAAUAUUAUGGUUGAGAAUUCAUAAAAAUGUCCAUGAAAAAAACUAAAGAAUUAUUUGGACAUUAAUUUUUUUAGAUCUCUUUUGGUAAGGUCUAACACAACAUUUAAACCGCUAAAGUCCUUGGUUACCAUAUCACUGCAUAUAUUGUAGGUGUGCUAACCCAAAUUUAUCAAAUAGUUCAACAAAUAAAACAAUAAUAACAAUAAUAUGUUUGUAAACAUUUUGUGCAGCAACCAAAGCCCCACAAAGACACGCCCCAAAGCCGGAAUAGAGUCGCAGAGUCGUGCAACCGAAACACGGUCGAGACAUUAGCUUGAACCAAAAAUUCCUUGUUUUCUGUGUCAACCAAACAAUAUAUUUUUUUCAUUCUGAAUCCUGUAAAAUCGCUGCAAAGUGAACAACAUUGCGAACACCAAAGACACCAUGUAUGUUGGAUUGCCCAUUUUUUAUAUGUAACUGCAUGAUUACUGCGUAAAACACCAAUAAAAUAAAUACAUUAAUAUGUAACUACCUGCUUAUUCGGUUGAUGUCUCAAUAAGAAUCAAUAAAUUUGAAUUUUAACAGAACAAAAUAUCAAAAUGGGUUUGUGUAUAUUUCAAAAAACACAUUUUUCUGUUGUUUUCUUCAACGACGGCGCCCAUUUGUCGAUUUAAUAAACUGUAUAAUAUUGAAGAAAGGUAUUUUGCUGUAUGGUGUGUAUGUUAACAAACUAGAACUGUUGUGUUUUAUUGGUUGUUUUUGUAUAUUUUAUGUAUACUUUGCGUCUAUAAAUGACCACAUUGUUUUGUCUUAAGCAAAAUUAAAAAAGCGAAAAAGAAAGAAAUAAACCCAUGGCAGAAACCUUCACUUUUUCACCAACGUUUGUGUGAAUGUUGAAAUUGCUAUUAAUGAUUGCUACACAUUUAUUUAACAUUGUGUCGAGAAAUUCACUCAUGAAAUUAUUUUUGGUCCAACAUUUAUUUUGAACCUUCAUUUCCCUUUCCUAUACGGCAUUUUUUAUUCAUUUACGUAUACUAAUAUCAGCCAUGUGGUUUUGCAACAGUACAAAAAUCGGUUAUUAUUUAGAAUAAUAUUUUGGGUUUGUUAAAGCCCUUUGUAGAUACCGAAAUGUAUUUUUACUGAAUGGUUUACAUAUAGCUUUGUACAAUAAACAC